UGUGACAAAUCAGCUGAUGAUGAUGUAGCACAUAAAGGGGAUCUUAAUUCUGUAAAUAGAGUGGCAAGUACUGUCUUUCCUGCAAGAAAGAAUGUUUCAUCCAAGCCUGAAAUUGGAGAUGGAAUUCUGAGACAAACUACGAGUGGAAGAUGCUUAAAGAGGUCAAAAGCACAUUUGUCAUUUGUGAAGGAACUGGACCAUGAAGAAACCAGCAGGCCACCCAAAAGUCAGAGGUCCUGUUCGAAUAAGAAUGAGAGUAGGAUUGGCCAUCCUUCCAUGAUAUCGCAUUGUAAAGCUUAUGGACAUUCAGACAAAUCAAAUGCUGAUAAGCAAGAACUGAUAGCAGCUGCCAAUGCUGCUCGGAAUGCAAGUUGUGCUGCAUGCUCGAGUAAUUUCUGGAAGACAGUUGAACCCAUUUUCUCUUUUGCUGAUCCAAAGGACAUAAGCUAUGUGAUGCAGCAGGAUGUGAUUGGUUGUGCAGAAAUUCCCCUGCCGAAGGGUUCUUUUUCAACAAAAUUACAAGGAAGUCGAAGAAACAAGGAUGACAACAACAAAGAUGUGGAUUCUGUUUUUUCAGAUACUGCAGAAGAUGAUCAUAAAGAGUCUGAUCAUAGGAAACCUGUAUCAAAGGUGGAAAGUGCCUUUGGUAGUCAGAAGUGUACUGCAGCCAUUCACUUUGGAAAUCUCAAUGCCCAAGAUCUUGUGUUUGGUGAUGACCUGGUGCAUGAAAAUAUCACUUUAGAACAUUCAGAUAAUGUUCUUUCCCAGAAUCUGUCACGAACUAGUUCAGACUGCCUGCAAAACUUGGGUGCUGAUUUUUCUGCUGUUUCAAGUGGGUGCUGCAAUGAGGGCAUGCCUCUGAAUGAAAAGGUCUUAAUGGAACAGAGCAUUAUAGAUAUACACCCAGAGACAAGGAAGGGGCGAUCUGAGGAAGAAGAUUCUGAGAUAGAUAUAGAUUUAGCAGAACUCAAGUUGAGGCUUUAUGAACAGGUGAAUUACAGGAGAAGACAGUUGAAUAAAAUAGAGAAGGCCAUGCAAAAUGCAAAAGAAAUUGAGGACAGGAACCUUGAACAACUUGCGUUGGAUAAACUUGUUGAAAUGGCUUACCAAAAACUGAUGUGUGGUCGAAGUCAUAACAUGGGUGCCAGGAAUUUGUCUAAGCAGAGCGCAAUAACUUUUGCAAAGCGAACUUUGGCGAGAUGCAAGGAAUACGAGGAGACUGGGAAAAGCUGCUUCAGUGAACCUGCUUUACGUGAGAUACUCUUCUCUGCACCUCCACAUUGCAGCAAUGUCUCACAUGUGGCACCCGAUAAGGGUCAGGCAUCGGGUUCUGUGGGAAAUGGACUUUCUGAUAAGUGUCAAAGAGGUUCUUUGGAUCUUUGCCAAAGUUCUGCACAUGUUAAAUUGCUGUCUGGGAAUACUGCACACAAUUUAUCAAGAAACUCAGAAGAUGAAUUGUUGCUGGAUGCUGCAGAUUCAAUGGAAAUCUUAGAUAUAGCGGAUGGACUUGGUGCGCCGGGUCAGGAUAUUGGGUCUUGGUUGAAUAUCGACGAAGACCUACUUGAUGAUGAUGAGGAGCUGGUUGGCUUAGAUGUUCCCAUGGAUGACCUUUCCGAUCUAAAUGUUAUUUUUUGAUUAGAAGUUUCAGAAUGUUUAGUUCCUAUUUUAGAACCAACUAAUCAUCAUGUGUUACCUCAAGCAUUGAGCUUGCAACAUUGAUUUUUUUUUUGUGUGUGUGUGUGUAUACCCUUAUAAAGUUAAAGUCCAGACUAAUGUUUUCUGUUGUUCUUGAACUUCA